AUGGAGACGGCGGGGCUGGCGCGGGAGGGGGGCGGGCAGGGCCCCCCGAACCCCGAGCCCAUCAGCUUCGGCAUCGACCAGAUCCUGGGCGGCCCCGAGCCCCGGGCGCCGGGCGAACCGGACUACGGGCUGGGCUACGGCCCCGCCGGCUCCUACAGCCUCAACAUGAGCAUGAACGUGAGCGUCAGCGUCAGCCCCGCGCCCGCCCCGGUCAUCCGCGUCCCCGCGCACCGGCCCGCGCCCCCCGCCCCGCCGGUGCCCGCGAUCCCGGCGCUCACCUUCCCCUGGAUGGAGACCUCGCGCCGCAUCGCCAAGGACCGACUCUCGGCCGCGCUCUCGCCCUUCGCGGCGACGCGCCGGAUCGGGCACCCCUACCAGAACCGCACGCCGCCCAAGCGCAAGAAACCACGCACGUCGUUCAGCCGCGUGCAGGUCUGCGAGCUGGAGAAGCGCUUCCACCGCCAGAAGUACCUGGCGUCUGCCGAGCGCGCCACGCUCGCCAAGGCCCUCAAGAUGACGGACGCCCAGGUCAAGACCUGGUUCCAGAACCGGCGCACCAAGUGGAGGAGGCAGACGGCGGAGGAGCGCGAGGCCGAGCGGCAGCACGCCAACCGCCUGAUGCUGCAGCUGCAGCAGGAGGCCCUGCAGAAGAGCCUGAGCCAGCCGCUGCCGCAGGACCCGCUCUGCAUGCACAACUCCUCGCUCUACGCCCUGCAGAACCUGCAGCCCUGGGCCGAGGACAACAAGGUCACCUCCGUCUCGGGGGUCGCGUCCGUCGUCUGAGGGCGCUGGGUGAGCCGGGAGCCUCGGCACCCCCGGCUCCUGGGACCCCCCGCCAGCAGCCCCCUCCCCACGGCCAGACGGAUCCCCCAGGACCUUUGGCCGCCCCACAGCUCUGGGGCGGUGGCCGUGACCUCGUGUUUGGACGUGAAAGUGCUGACAACGCCUACCUGGACCCCAUCCUGGAGCGCCGACAUGGACCCUCCGGGAAGCCAGUGAUGGGACACCCCCAGGGACCCCAACUCGGACGUCCCAGCUCAGGACCCAUUGGCUCCCAUCAGCACCAUUCCCAGGCAGCCCAGACUCCUCCCCAGGGCCCCCAUCUGGGGGGUCCCAGCUCAGGACCCCCUGCCCCCCAUCGAUGCCACUCCCAGCCAGCCCAGGACCCCCUCCCAUGGCCCCCCCUGCUCCACGAGCAGCUCCUUGGGGAGGGGUCCCAGCUCAGGACCCUCUGUGCCCCCAUCAUCGCCGCUCCCAGCCACUCCAGACCCCAUUACCCCCGCGGCGGCCACAGCCCCCGUCCCUUCCAGGGUGGAUAGAGUGGGGCGCAGGGCAGCCUCCGCCCAGACCCCCCCAUUCCUGGUGCUGGGAGCCCCCCUGCCCGCGCUGGUGGCCACCCUGGGGUCUGUACCACCCGCAUCCGCUUGCCUUAUCCCGGUUGGAGCCCCAUCCGCGGCCCCUGGUCUGGAUGGGGAUUAGGACCCCCGGGCCCCCCAAGAUGGGACAGAUGGAUGGACACGGCUUGCCUGCUCCCAGUUCCCACUGUUUGCUGUCUCCAGGUCUGGAUGUGCCCCCCCAGCGAUGGACUGCGAAUGCCGCUGCACCCCCAAGGAUUGCACCCCCUUCCCAGACCAGGGCUGCCCUUGUGCCCCCCCCAAAUUCUGCAGCCCCCAGGAUCCCCUUUGCCGGCACUUCCCGGGGUCGAACCAGACCCGUGUGCCUGCAGAGGGGUCCAAUGGGGUCUGAACCCCCAA